CGAGUAAUAUCAGCGCCGCUUUCCACACUAGUGGCGGAUUCUCGAAAAGGAGCACCCCUUUUAUGAGCUCAAGCAAGCUAAGAGGGCUUUGUUAUCUGGGAUUUCAUCAGUUCUGCUCAUAAUGGCUUGUAGACUUGCGGAUUCUGUGUUUCUUUUUACUGGGCCCCGUCAGAAUUCAGCUCGAACCCAUAAAAUUGCUUCCCAUUAUUCUCCUGGUAUGAAGAGGGAAGUAAUGUUUCAGAAGAAAAUCAAGCGACAAAACUAUGUGCUUCCUGUGAAGAGGGCUGCAAUUAUACGGGCUGUUGCUGUUCCAGUUGCACCACUGCCUUCUUCAGCAGAUAGUGCUGAAUAUAGAAAAAAAUUAUCAGAAAGCUAUGGAUUCGAGAAAAUUGGAGAACCUCUUCCUGAAGAUGUUAGGUUAAAAGAUAUUAUUGAAUCCCUUCCAAAAGAGGUUUUUGAGAUCAAUGAUGUGAAAGCAUGGAAAUCUGUCUUAGUAUCUGUUGCUUCCUGCGCAUUAGGCCUCAUCAUGAUUGCAAAAGCUCAUUGGUAUCUACUACCUUUGGCUUGGGCAUGGACAGGAACUGCAAUAACAGGGUUCUUUGUUAUAGGUCAUGAUUGUGCCCAUAAGUCAUUUUCAAGGAACAAGUUAGUGGAAGACAUUGUGGGUACUUUGGCUUUUAUGCCUCUAAUAUACCCUUAUGAGCCUUGGCGGUUUAAGCAUGAUCAACAUCAUGCAAAGACAAACAUGCUGAAAGAAGAUACAGCUUGGCAUCCUGUGUGGAAAGAGGAAUUUGAUUCAGAUCCUCUUCUGCGUAAAGCAAUCGUAUAUGGAUAUGGUCCGUUUCGUCCGUGGAUGUCUAUAGCUCAUUGGUUGAUGUGGCAUUUCGAUGUGAAAAAGUUCAGACCAAAUGAAGUGAAAAGAGUGAAGAUAAGCCUAGCUUGCGUUUUUGCAUUUAUGUUUAUUGGAUGGCCAUUGAUCAUCUACAAGGCUGGGAUCAUUGGAUGGGUUAAGUUCUGGUUAAUGCCAUGGCUUGGCUACCACUUUUGGAUGAGCACUUUCACUAUGGUCCAUCACACAGCUCCCCAUAUACCGUUUAAAUCUUCAGAAGAGUGGAACGCAGCUCAAGCUCAGCUCAAUGGAACAGUGCACUGUGCUUAUCCGAAGUGGAUCGAAAUUCUCUGCCACCACAUCAAUGUGCACAUUCCCCACCAUAUUUCUCCAAGAAUACCAAGUUACAACUUACAUGCAGCCCACAAGUCUCUUCAAGAAAACUGGGGAAAGUAUCUGAAUGAGGCUUCAUGGAAUUGGCGAUUAAUGAAGACGAUCAUGACGAUAUGCCAUGUCUACAGUAAAGAGGAAAACUAUGUCGCUUUUGAUCGACUCAAUCCAGAAGAUUCUUAUCCCAUUACAUUCCUCAGGAAAGUUAUGCCUGAUUUUUCUUGAUUUAUCUUUCUUAUUCCUUUGAACAUAUUUGUGACUGUUGCCACUUUAUAAAAAGGUGGAAACAUAAGCCUUUUCAAAUACACCUGCUGAGAAAGAUCAAUACACAAUUAUUGCCAUUA